CAUUUUCAAAACAUUGAAGCUUCAAAGUGAAAAUGGUCAAAAACUGUUGGAUGAAUCUAACUCCUUUACAACUAGCAUGCGUUCUAAUCUUGAUAGUGGCGAUACCUUUUUUCAUAGCAAUGUUAGUCAUUUACUUGAUGUAUGGCGUAAUAUGGCACAAAUCUGAGCAAUGUCAAAACUUAUGUGCUUAUGAAAAAGAGAAUUUGUUAAAUGCAGAGCCUGGUGAUGAGAUACCUAUAGAUGAGCAAACAAAAAAAGAUAUAUUAGAACCCACAACAGCCUCACCACCACAGGAAACGUCCACACCAACCACACCUACACAGCGGCGCCCACCACCAUUACCAGGAAGCAUCGGAGACGAACUAAUACCACCAGAAAAACGAAGACCGAGGCCACGACCGGGGCGUCCAAAACGUCUGAGCGAAAGGCGAGAAGAAAUAAAAGAAGAAACGCAAAUUCCGCAGCUCUUCUGUCCAUCAAAACCAAGCAGCAGACUGCAAGAACAAGGAAAACAGGAGGACAGCAGAAGAAAGCAGAAUGUUUUAGAACCUUUAAUAAAUGAUAACACCAAAGUACCAAAUGUUCCUGUAGCAGCUCUUCUGGACAAGCUACAUGUAGACGACACAAGCUAUUAUUUCAAAUGCUCUGCUGUCGUUAUUGCAGAUGGUUGGGCUCUGAGUGUUACUAGAUGUGCCGAAACAGGGAUUUCUGCAAUCAGAUUCGGAUCAAGCUAUUGGUCUCAAGGUGGAAUUUUCCGAAAAGUUAACGAAGUUUUGUAUCCGAAAGGAACAAACUCGUUGGCGCUCAUUGGUUUUACGAGGAGUGGUGUUACUGGAGCUUCAGUCGGACGAUUCUGGGAAACUAAGAAAGUGUUAAGUUAUAACUGGAGGAGCAACUUACAUUUGCCUUUAGCUGAACGAAAGAAGUAUGAUCCUCUUGAAAUUUCUGAGAUGGAGCCGCGAAGAAACCUUAGUUGUUCUAAUUCCAAGGGAAAAGAAGUUUUGUGUUAUAUGAUGGACAAGAGUGGCUGUGACCGUGAUGUGAAUGCGCCUAUGUUCAGCGAAAAUCUGCAGUUGGUAGGGUUUCACUUGGAAACGUUGUGCCCAGAAAAUACUAAUAGUUCAAUUGUAGUUUAUGUUAAUAUCUAGUUUUCAAGCUUGAUUUUGUGAGUAAAUGUUAA